UCAGUCCAUAGCCGGCGGAAAAAAGGGGUGACAACCUCGAUACAGGAUGACAACCGAUCUAUUCGCUACUUCACACAGGAGUUACACAUUCUUUUAAAAAACAACAGAUAGCAAAGAUCAAUUUUUUUCUUCGCCGUCCUAAACUCUGAAGCGCAAACGUUUUAAUCGAGCGGUUUCGCGUAAUUGCAUGUUAGUGGAUGUUCUCCCCUUAUCCCCGAAACAGCCAGAUGUUGCGUGGGUUAUGAUUCACCGCAGAGAUACAGCAAAAGAGAAAGACACGGAGAGCGAGCGAGAGACAGAGGGAGAGAGAGAGAGAGCCUUGUCUAAAAAUAGCUCACUUCCAGCGCCGUUCUCUUCACAGUAGUUCUGUAGUUCCCGAUUUCCUCCAAACGAACCGACAGCACAGCAGCAUGGCAGGACUACGUCGGCUCCUCAUCUUUCUCAAGAGAAGAAACCUUGUGUUGAUUUUUCUAACUGUUCUUUACAACUGUUGCAAGGGGUGCUCCCCACCGGAGAAUGGGGUUAUAGAACCCCCCGAGAUGACGACUAAAUUUCACUUUUCAACGUACGUUGUUUACGGGAAGGUUACAGGGAUAAAUCCAGGGUCUUACGACUACGACAGCCUAUAUACCACAGAGAUGGAUGUGUAUUGUGUUUUUAAGGGAGGACCCAUUCCGAAGAAGAUAAGCAUCACAUACUCAGGUUUCGAACCCGGUCUCUGUCGGGCGAACAACUACACAGUGGGAGGUUUGUACAUCGCGUACAUGGACGACGGCGACGGCCCCGGCGUCUACAGGUCGUCUCAGGGCUACGAGGAGGACAUCGGCGAGGACCAGACUCUGGACGACGUGCCCAUGAUAUGUGGAGUUGUCGUUGACUACCCUAUAGGCGUUACUGACAAGUCGGUAACUUGGUACUGUCCUGAUAGUUACCCUGACUAUGAAGGUUGUCUGGAAUACGUCGAAAAGACGGACGUGCCGUUGAAAAUAGACAUAACCCCACCAACCAAGGAACCAGCUGCAGAAGGCGAGCCGAACCAGAAUGAUGACACGGUGUUGGUGGCGGGGCUCGGAGGGGGAAAUAACGUCGCCAGAACGAGGCUUUCUGUCAUGAUCUAUAUCGUUGUCUUUCUCUUCCUUGUCUUAUAAAUACUAUCAUGUGUGACAAGAGGCGAACACCCACCUGCAUCACAAGAGAGGUGGUUACUGUAUGCAUUCCUCGUCUUGUACAGCGGUACAUUUAAUGCCUUAUAACCAUUUUAACCAGACCCCUGCCUUCUCUUGAGACACAAUAGACCGCAAGCUUUUGCAUUAGAAGAGUUCCGGCUUGCGUCAAGAACCAGGGCUAAUAUUUUCGAAGCUAUCUUAGCGCUACGAUAUCGUAAAACCGUCGUAGGCUAUGGAAUGCUUCGUUGUGACGUCAUAGCUUACGACGGUUUUACGAUAUCGUAGCACUAAGAUAACUUCGAAAAUAUUUUAGCCUGAACCCCGUACCACGAAGCGAUCUUAGCGCUGCUAUCAUCUUAAGUGUAUAAGGUAUUGGCAAUUAAGGUGCUCUUAGCGUUAAGAUAGUUCCGUGGAUCUUUAGUUUCCCAUGAUCAGUAAUUUUGUCAGUCUUAAUAAUCCACAAAUUCUUUUUGGUAACUUCCGGAAAAUCAAUGUUAUUCAUAAUACAUGGUUAAAUGAUUUCUAGCUAGUCUUUAUCAGCCAUAUUAUGUGACGCAACUUCCAGUAAAUCAUUUAAUAUCUACAUCCCCUCACUCACAAAAUGUGUCAUGUUUUAAAAUGUUAAUUUUGUUUUAAUUAUUUUCUACUUGUCCUCGUCAACAGUGAAAUAAAAACAGAAUGACGUCACCAACAUCUAUCCUUUGUGUCAGGUGAAUUCCGACUUUACUGUCAUAUACAUUGUAUUUUUGCCAGUAGUAGUGAGAAACACUUGAUAAUCAUGAAAUUCCACAAGCACGGGAUUGCGGUCUAUUGUAAAAGCACGAAAAGACGGGGUAUUUUCGGUGGAAACAAAUUCUUUCUAUACUAAAUACCAUUCUUGUUACUAUGUUUCAUACUUAUAUUAUACUACUAUGCCGUUUAAUUGAUAAAAAGUGCAUUAACCAGUAAUAUGCUAAAUAUUUUCUGUUUUGAAUUUCGUUUGCAAUGGGAUGCAAAAGAAGAGAGACAGAUUCACAAUAGUGCCCAAAUGUUAUCAGAAAUUCGUGGAAGUUGCACCAAUUCACGUUCUAUCAAUUCCAUGAUUCAAUGGCCAGAAUGCGCUUAUUAACUUUCCAGUUAGGAUCAAAUUUAUACAUUUUGUGUAGACUAAUAUUCUGUUUUAACUGAUGCAUUUAUUCUUUAUACUCCCAACUAUCCAAGUUAAAAAAAAAUACAUGCUACAUCUCAUUUAUUGCUAUUCCUACUGUCAUAUUGCUAAUAUGGUCAUUGUUACACAUGGACAUUCGUAUACUUCUCUUAUAUCGCCACUUGAGCCUAAUAUUCCGAAUAUAUCACCUAAUAUACACAGCAAUACGUCUGCUGCAAUGCUACCUCGACCUGUAUUUUACCGUGGGGUUUCACACCGCCGCUCAAACUGAUGUCACGUGUACCAUGCGUCCGUGUCGCUGUCUCAUCGCUGUGUUUAUUUAUGGUUGUUACACAACAUAUUUUACUACAUGGCGUGCUAACUACUUGGACGUUUGUCAUGCUGUCACAUACCAUGCUACUAAAUCAAUUGUUAAGAAUACUGGUCCAUCAAAUAAACUCUUAUUAUGGCGUGAUGUGUCGCCAUCCGGACUAGUGCCAAACACAUUUUACGAUUUUACCAUCCAUUUUCCUUUCGUCACAGUGACUUUUUAACGACAGGGUCCGAGUAGCUUUAUUACCGUGCCUAUGUCCAGUAAAGGUUCAGGCACAUCCAUCCCAUGUCCAGUCUCUGGCAGGGCCUGUGCCUGGGCGUGGGGAAGAGUUUUAACUACCAAGACCUUAGUUAUUCGGAUCAGCAGACGAUAGGUAAACAUAUAAUCGUCAUUUGCUUUUUUUUUGUUUUAAAUGUCCGUUGGACCAACACUUCUGAUCCUCCAUUGAUUUGAUUUGAUUUUAUCAAAAGAUGUUCAAAUGGACAAAUAUGUAGUUUUUAUUCUAGUCAACGUUUUACUGGAUUAAUAUUUCAAGUUAUGAUUAUUUAUUUAUUUAUUUUAUUUUAUUCUGGAGGAAACGAUUUAACUCUGUGUCUAAAAACAAGAUCAUUGUGGACAUCCUCUUGGUAUCGUACAUGAACCGCCUUCACACCAACCAAACGAUGAACCAACUCCACGCCAACCAAACGCUUGCGUUUUAUCGAGUAUGUAGCUUGGCAAUUGUCAAUGGUCGAUGUGUAUUUUUGUGCCGGGGUGUCGUUAAACAUUCAUUGGCAAGUGUUAGUUUUAAUGCCAGUCAUCAACUGCAUGUUUUUUCCCCUGGUGUUCCGAGGACUCGUCUAAACAGUGUCCUGACCUUGAUGUCCUUGUUGGACGUGUCUAACUAACAGAGACACUGUAACCACUACAACUACAUAUUAAGUACAGUUUCGUAUUUCGAAUAUCGCUAUCGUUAGAUAGUAAAUGUAUUUCGGGAUGUCCUAAUGAUUGUAAUAGCCCAGUCUUGAUUUUGCCUCCCAAUAAUUUCGUUCUUAUGAAGAAAAACAAAAUGUAUAUCAGGAAAUAAAACGAACUUUGGACAAUAACAAACAUUAGGAUGACUAGAAACACUGAACAUACAAAUACUGAUAUUUUAAAAUAUAUAAUUGCAAUUGUUAAAAAGACUGUAUUACUCAUCAAUAUCUAACAAUGCUAGCAAACUCGGAACAGUGUCUUUAUCAGAUCUGUGAUUCCAUAUUAUUUCUUUUAAUAUGUAUGUAUACUAAUUCAUUGAACAGUUCAGAUAAAAAAAAACAAUAGUUUUGCACACGCGUUUGUUUUGUGUGUGUUCCAUUCCCGAGUGUUUGUAUCAGGUUGAGGUGUACCAAUGAAAUGUAUUUUAUUUUACUGUUAGGAUAUCAAAUUAUGUUUGUUUUGUGUUACUUCUUGUAUACACUUUUAGAGUAAUAUUGUUGUGUUUUGCGUUUAACUUUUAUUUCAUAAAUAUUCGUUGUAUAUGCAUAUGUUAAUCUACUAUUAGUUGUCUUUAAUCUACACACCUACAAUAUACAAACAUAACAUUGUAUUCUCAUACUUUUCAUACGUAUGUGAUUUUAGGUAUUAUUUUAAUCCGUUGAUAAUUUUAUGCUUCUGUUUCUUUAAUCUUUUAAUGAAUAUUGUUAAAGAUAAAAUGUGUUACCGUUAUGGAAAGCCACUGGGAACGGAGAAUAACAUCAACAUUGGCAUAGGGAAACACUUAGAAACACUUAGAAACACUGGAAAUACCAGUGUUACAAAUCGUGGAAAUAUUAGUGACAAAUACUGGAAAUAUCAGUGGAUUUUGUUAAGGUAUGGUUCAUUUUUUAUUAUAUUCACCGAUGUGUUUCAAUGAUUUUCAAGGUGUCGGUUUAAGGUGUUUGGUGAGGAGCUUCCACUAAAAUUAUAUGUCCAAAUCUAUGGUAGAUAAUCGGAUUAUUUAUUACGGAACGACUAUUGUUUGUAGUUAACUAGGUGCUUUACAAUAUACUAUAGUGUUAUUGAGACAUACCCUAAUCGCAAUUCUUCCACAGUAGUCGGUGACCAAUAUGUUAAUGUUUUCUGUUGUAUAGAAUUAAGAAAGAAAGAAAGAAGUAUUUUAUUUAACGACGCACUCAACACAUUUUAUUUACGGUUAUAUUGCGUCAGACAUAUGGUUAAGGACCACACAGAUUUUAAGAGGAAACCCGCUGUCGC